UUGAUCUGGACUCAACUAGCUUUGCCUUUGUUAUCAGGCAUUGUUUGCGAGCUUGGAAUAAUAGAUUGAUCCAAAGCUCCCGAUCCAUCUAGGUUUAUCUUUGCCGAAACAGCAACAGUAACAGAAACACAUGGACCGACUCGCAUCUUUUGGAAAUGAUCCAUUUGAUAAACCUCCGUGUAGAGGUUGUUCAUCUCCUCUCACUGAACCGUACAUCAAGUGUGCAGAAUGUGGCCCCUCGCCUUUUUUACUCUGCCUCCAGUGUUUCACACGAGGAUUUGAAUACAAGAAGCACGAGAGUGAUCACAAAUAUGAAAUAAUGACAUCAGACUUCCCCGUACUUGAGCCUGGAUGGACUGCACAGGAAGAGAUGGCUCUGUUGGAGGCAGUCAUGGACUGUGGUUUUGGGAACUGGCAGGACGUCGCAUAUCAGAUGCGCACGAAAACCAAAGAGGAAUGCGAGAGCCACUACAUGAAGAAUUUCAUCAAUAACCCGCUCUUCUCCUCCACCUUGCUCAGCCUGCGGAAAACAAAAGACUCUCGCUUUGCAGAGGGAGCUAUUCCUUUCAAACGUCUCCAUCUGCCACAAUGUGCGAUUUCUCGACAAGCAUUUCUCUGUCCUGGUCUCGUAGCAGUUGGGAAGGUCAACACAGACUCUCUACAUUUCUCUUCCACUGAUGAUCCUCCUCGGCCCACCUUUGACUCUGUGCUGUCUCGAGACAUGGCCGGAUACAUGCCUGCCAGGGCGGACUUCAUGGAGGAGUUUGACAACUAUGCUGAAUGGGAUUUGAAAGACAUCGACUUUGUUGAUGAUGACUCAGACAUCCUUCGGGCACUGAAGCUUGCAGUUGUUGAUAUAUAUCAUUCAAGAUUAAAGGAGAGACAGCGGAGGAAAAAGAUUAUCCGAGACCAUGGCCUGAUCAACCUUCGGAAAUUCCAGAUGCUGGAGCGAUGUUACCCAAAGGAGUUGCAGGAGCUGUACGACGUGAUGAGACGAUUCGCCAGGGUGGCUGGACCGAUUGAACAUGACAAAUUCAUCGAAAGUCACGCACUGGAGUUUGAGCUGAGGCGGGAGAUCCACAGGCUGCAGGAGUAUAGGAAAGCAGGGAUCAAGUCCUUCUGCAGCGCCAAGGUGUAUGAGCGCGCGAAGCGAAUGCGUGAGGACGAGCGUAGGAAGAGGACCAUGUUGUGUGACGUCCUUCAGUACAUCCAGGAUGGCAGAGCCUGCCAGCAGUGGCUCAGCAAACAGGCUGCAAUAGACGCCGGCAUCACUCCAGCUGUCACAACGAUCACGGUGUCGGCAACAGGUAGGCGGAGCGCCCCCCCUCUGAACCUAACGGGACUGCCCGGGACAGAGAAGCUCAACGAGCGGGAGAAAGAGUUAUGCCAAGUGGUGCGGCUGGUGCCGGGAGCCUACCUGGAGUACAAGCAGGCAUUACUAAACGAGUGCAGACGGCAGGGUGGGCUGCGCCUGGCACAGGCCCGAGCACUAAUCAAGAUCGACGUCAACAAAACGCGCAAAAUCUACGAUUUCCUAAUAAAAGAGGGCUACAUCACUAAGGCCUAGGAGCAUCGACCGCAGCGGCGGUUGGUGAUUUGUUUCAUUCUCAUCUUGUAACAUGCUUUUGUUUUGUAAGAGUUUCAGAUUGUUGCUGCUUCUUUGAACUAUUUAACUAACAUUUGUAAAGUCCUGUUGUGUCCUUGAGUCUUGAAGUUGUAAAAAUGACAAAUCUCUUUGUAAAAGUUCUCCGUCAGAAGAACAGGGCCUCAUGUCUAAAUGAGGAUGUAUUUAUUUCCCCUGGCAUUAAAUGUUUUAUGAAACAAUUAUUUGUUAUUUUGAUAUUUUAAUUCAAACCCAAAGGCUCCACUUGUAACUGUAAUGCUUUUUCAAACUGAUUCCAUAAUUUCACACGAUUUGUUGAAGAUUAACAGAUAUAUUUAAUCUUGUGUAUAGAUUUUUUUUGUGAAUAUAAUUUUUCCACUAAUUAUAAGAAUUGGAAAGAAACUUCUUAUUAAGUCAUUCUGAUUCAUUAAUUUUGUAUCCAGCAACUGAACAAGCAAAAUGGUUUCCAGUGAAGAUACAUGAAUUUACAUGGAGCAAUUUUUCAAGAAACUUCCCCUUGAAAUUAACAGCUGCUUAAUAAAUGUUUAAAAAUGUA